AUGUGGUUCCAUUUUUUUCUUUGCUUUGUAGCACUUUUAACAAAAUUAACAUUCGAAAAGCAUAUACCAUAUUCUAACAUUGCAUCUGUAAUUGGGCAUAUCAAUUAUAUCGUGCCGACAUCGAAUUUGUUAAACAGCUCUGUUCUCCUUUCAAGCUUCAACGGCAAUGUGGGAUUUCUAAAUUACAAGACAGGCACACUUGAUUAUGUACAAAAUCAUCGAGAAAAUGAGAAAAUAAAAAAAUUGCACGGAGAUGACGGGUACGCAGCUGUGUUGAUUUAUAGAGAUCCUUCGGAAGAAAAUGAGGUUGAAGGAAAUUACACAAAUGAUGGAGAACCCUACUCGUAUAUUAACGUGUACAGCACGAUGGACACCCAUCUGCUGAGCUCCUUUGAGUAUAAGAACGAAAUAAUUGAAGAUUUUUUAAUUAACGAAGAGAAAAUAUUUAUUCUCUUGCACAACAGAAUAGAUAUAGGUAAUAUAGGUGAAAGGAAAGUAAACUCGUUAAUUUUUCAGGAGCUAAAUUUAAAUUCUAUUUAUGCUAGAAUUAUCGCAGUUAGCAAUGUGAGCAUAUCUUUGUUCUAUGUAGAUGCUGAAUUGGGGGGGCAUAUAGUAAGAAUAAAUAUUGUAAAUAAGAAUCUAGAAAAUGACGUAAAAAUUAACAAACUUCAGAUGAAUGACAAAAUGGUUAAUUACGUAAAUGUAGUGAACAAUGGGAAUGUUAUUGUUGUGUAUAAUAAGGAGCUUCUCCAAUGGGUAGAAUUAGCAGAGGGGGGAAAUAAUUACGACUAUGGAUCUGUAUCAAUAGGUGGACACGAUAAGAAGGCAGAGAAUGAAGAGACGAAUGAACGUGCAAAUUACGCAAAUACAAAGGAAACCAUUCCAAAGCAUAAACUACUUAGGGAUGACUUUAUGGCUCAGUGGAACACAGAAAAUUGCUUCGUCAUAAAACUCGGGGAGAAACAACUUGUGUACACCUACAACGAUAAAAAGAUGCGCUUGAUAAAGGGGAAGAACAAAAAUGAAGUCAUAGGGUACUACAUAAAUCAGUAUAAGGAAAAAGACAUAAUAUUUGCAGAAGAUAAGGAAAACCAAAUUAUUAUUAAAAAAGCAGAAGAGCAAGGAAUUGUUACUCUAAAUGUUCUGAACAAAAGUAGUAACGUAUACUACAAUGCAGAAAUGAUAAUCGGUUUACAUAAUAAGGAAGAUAACGCCAACUACUUUUUUAGUGUAUACAGCGAUUCAACACUCACUGUGUAUAAAAAUGAGCACGUGCAUUAUUCAAGAGAAGAAUCCCUAGCUUACGUAGAGCAACUGCAUUUUUACAAUUUCCAACAUUUGAAAAAAAAGAAAAGUGCAAAGCAUUCUUAUGACACGACACAAUUUCAUUUAAUGAAAGAGUUGGAGAGCUACAUAAAGGAUAAAAUAAAUUCUUUUAACAAACCUUUUCUAGAAGAAGUUAUGAAGAGAAAAGCGGAAAAAUCCUUGCUUCCAUUUAACUUUUUUUACCUAUCCCACGAGGAUAAAAUGAACCUACUCAACAUUUGCAUGGAGAAAAAAAAAAAGGCUGAUUCGUUAGCUAAUUACGGAAUGGAAAGAAAGCCAUCCUACAGUAUGAAUAGCAGGGGUGACACAUAUGACAUGCACAGCGGGGAUCAUACAUCUAAUCUAAUGAAUGAAAUGAUUGAAAAUUCCUUUAAAAAAUACGAACAAAAUCAGAGCGGCAAAUAUGCCGGGAGCUCGGUAAUCAUCGUCGCCACACGCAACAAUUUCAUCUUCGCUAUACAUUUGUACACGGGACUUAUAUUAUACAAAAUUGAUGGCAAUCAAUUUAAAGACACCAAGGAAAUAUUUUCUCCUAAAUGGAACUUUGAUAUGGUCUUCAGCUUGAAUAAGGACAACUGGUCCGAAUUAGACAAUGGGAAGAAAAUCAUCUUCUUAAAUAAUCAAAAGGAGUGUGACACAUUGGAGAGUAAUCUCACUAGUAAGAGGCAACCGAGCAAAACACCACCCAUGACCAAAGGAGUACUGAAUUAUAGCAACGGAGUGCAUUUGUUUAAAAGCUUCACCAAAGACACAGUAAUUACCAUCUUCAAAGGGGAAAAUUUUGCUCACAUAAUCAUAUUUGAUAUAUUAAGUGGAUUGAUAAUUUUUGAAGAGAAACUCAACUCCUUUGAAAUUAAGAACAUUUUUAUCGACCGAAAAGGUUCGUCAAUCGUGUUGGUGGACAACUCGCUGAAUGUGAAGGUGGUGGCCGUUCCUGGGGGAGGCGUAACUGACGCCACAGAGGAUGAUCUAUUUUUUUAUCGCAUAAACGGGUCGAGAAACUUCAUUGAAGGAUUCAAACUGAUGAGCUAUCCCCGAAAAAAGGGACCUGGGAAAGAAAUGGGGUUAAUACAAACAUACUCCAUAAAUUUGCACAACGAAAAACUGGAGGUUUUUUCCAAGUCGAUAACAAAGAAGGAUACCUUUUACCCAAUCAAAAUAAAUAAAGACGCGUCUAUAUGUUAUAAAUACGUGAAUGAUAACAUUAUAUCAUAUAUAACAAGCACGAAGCAGAAGGAAGGUAUCAUAUAUACCCUGUACAUUAUUGAUGGAAUUACUGGAGAUUUGAUUAUAUCUAAAAUGUUAGAUAAGCACACGAACCCACCUUUCCAUUUAAUGAUAAGUGAAAAUUUUGUCAUUUUGAAUUACUUUAAUACAAACUUGAAAAAAUAUAUAAUUCAGGUCAUUGAGAUAUUACUUGAUAAGAAGGACCCGGGUUUUUUCAACUUGAUAACUUCGAAAAAAGAAAAAAUUGUUGAUUUAUUUGACCAGAAGAAGAAAAUCGUCGUAAAUGAAAAAAAUUAUAUCAUUGAUCAUAACGUCAAAUCUUUUAAUUUUACCGAAACGAAAAGAGGAAUAACGAAUAAACAUAUUUUGCUACUUCUUGAUUCGAACAAAAUAACCUCCUUAAAUUUAGGGCCCGAGAAAGAACAAAAUGUGUAUAAAAAUUUGAACAGUUUUAUUACACAAACGGAUAUUUUAUACAAUUCUAGAGGGUUCAUAUCUAAUGAAAGUUUGCUAGAAUCUACUACGCUCGUAUUUUCGUGGGGAAACUAUCUCUAUUUUACUUGUUAUCAGCCAAACGGAUCAUUUGACACCAUUGAAAAUUUUAAUUUACUUCUUCUUCUCUUUUUAAUCAUUUUGGUUUUUAUUGGUACGUACAUAUCUUACAUAAGGAGAAUAAACAAAACUGUGUAUUCCAAAUGGGCCUGA